GUUUUAAAAACUUCUGCUGCGAAGCUUUCCCUCUUUUCUUUUACGUCUUCGCUUUUUUYCGUGCUUCUCCUUUCACUUCCUGUUUGUCGUUCGGAAGCUGCCGAACCGAGCCGAGCCGAGCCGAGAAGACUUUUCUAACUGGAGGAGAGUGACGCAGGUUUUAUUUAUUUAUUUUGUUCUGGGAACUCGUCUCGCGCCUGGACUGCGCGCGGACACCUUCAGGUUUCCGGAGGUCCACGAUGUGACGGGGCGGCCCGGGUCCAGCGGUACCGAACCCGUCCGGACUGUCAGCGGGGGAACUGAGCUCCUGUCAGCCGCACAGAUGGUGUUUCUUUGGGACGCGAAAUACGACCCAGCUCCUGGCCGGCGUUACACUCCCCCCUCCACCUCACUCGCCACAGGAGGGAAGAUGGCCGAGGCGCUGCCCCUCGGAGCGCAGGAGCCUGGCGGCGGCGCUCUGAUGGGGAAACUGCGCCUAGCUGACCACGGCAUGGCAGAGGUGAUCUCGGAUCAUCCAGGGGAGCUGGUGAAGACUGACAGUCCCAACUUCCUCUGCUCAGUGCUCCCCACCCACUGGAGGUGUAACAAGACUCUGCCUAUCGCCUUUAAGGUGGUGGCCCUGGGCGAUAUCCCCGACGGCACCUUGGUUACGGUGAUGGCUGGUAAUGACGAGAAUUACUCGGCAGAACUUCGGAACGCCACGGCCGCCAUCAAGAACCAAAUAGCCCGAUUCAAUGACCUGCGCUUUGUGGGGCGCAGUGGAAGAGGCAAGAGUUUCACUUUGACAAUCACUGUAUUCACCAACCCCACCCAGGUGGCUACAUACCAGAGGGCUAUUAAAAUUACAGUUGAUGGUCCCAGAGAACCUCGGCGUCAUCGUCAGAAAAUGGACGAGGUUAAAGCUGGCUCGUUGGCGUUCUCUGAGAGGCUAACGGAGCUGGAGCAGCUGAGACGAAGCUCCAUCAGGGUGACCCCUCCUCACCACCACCCCCACCACCACCAUCAACCCUCUGCCAACGGCCGCCAGCCCACGGUUCUCAACUCGGCUACGUUCUCCAGCCCUCCACACUCUCAAAUAACAGCCGAUUCCAGACAGAUGCAGUCAUCUCCAUCUUGGUCCUACGAUCAGUCCUACUCAUACCUCGGUCAGAUAACUACUCCUACUGUUCACACGACCAACCCACUCUCACCUGGUCGCUCCUCCCUUGGUGAUCUGUCCUCAAGACUGACAGGUAACACGACACAAAGCACACACACAAAACAGGAAGUGAGUACGUUUCUAAUCUUGGACCUUUGCUUUCACUCAGGUCCUGACCUUACRGCCUUUGGUGACCCUAGGAUGACCUUAGAACGACCGUUUACUUCCCUCCCCUCCCUGCCCGACUCCCGUUUCUCCGACCCUCGAGUGCACUACCCCCCCACAGCAGCUGCUUUUUCCUACACGCCGUCCCACAACUCYGUCUCUAACGGCGCGCUCGGCCUCACCAUGGCUACGGCGAUCGCAACCACCCCAACGGGGCGGUACCACACAUACCUGCCUCCUCCCUACCCGCCAAACACCCCUCACCAAGCUCAGAACGGGCCCUUCCAGUCCACGUCGUCGCCGUACCACCUGUACUACUCCACCACCACCGGCUCGUACCAGUUCUCCAUGAUGGCUGGAGGAGGAAGCAGCAGUGACUCACGCUCGCCRCCGAGGAUCCUGCCGCCGUGCACCAAUGCCUCCACAGGCUCCUCCCUCCUGCACCCCUCUUUACCCAAUCAGAAUGAGGGGGUGAGUGUGGAGGUGGAGUCCAGCCACAGUAGCUCCCCAACAAGCAUGGCUGCUGCWGAAGCCGUGUGGAGACCCUACUGAAGCCUUGGAGGUGGUAGCAUCUCUACAGGCCAUGUGAUCAUUAUAGUAGUAACAACUUAAAGUGAUCUCUGACAGAGUUGUUAUUAAACAUCAUCUUAUUGGCAUUUACUUCAACUAUGAAACCAGACUGUAAAAACACUGAAGGCUGGGAUUUAUGCCACAAAGCAUUGUGGGUAAACUGACUGCUUCGCUGUGAACCCAGCAGCAGAGCUGCUUCAUGGAAGAAUCUCAGCUUUAGCCUGUUAGCUUCACUGUUAGCUCCAGCGCUAACAUAGUAAACAUGUUCAUUGAGCAGCUUUUUAGCUUUGACUCUGUGUUUUAGUUUUAGCUUCAACCUGUUUGACAUCAUCACCCCCAGAAUGCAUUGCGUCAGUUAAAAAUAGUGACGUGCUGAAGUGAAAAAUGUAAAAAAAAAAAUCUACAGAUUUUUAAACAAUAGCCUAUAUGCCACGGACCUCCGAUCCAGCACU